CGGGACUGGGCGGGGGCGGCCCCGGGGCGGGGGGCCGGGACCCAGGGACCCCCCGCCCGGCGAGACUCACAAGCUGGUGGUCGUGGGCGGCGGCGGCGUGGGCAAGAGCGCGCUGACCAUCCAGUUCAUCCAGACCCAUCACUGAGACCCUGCUGAGAGGGUCUCUAAUCCUAAAAGAUCCCCUCUGCGACUCCAAGUGCCCUGGGCCUCCACCCCCUUCGUGAGGGGGAGCUUUCUCCCAAUGCGUCCUGAGACAGAAUCGCCCUCCCAGAGAUCCUAGGCACUCCCUGAGGCUUCUGCUCCAGACCUUGAUUCUAGAACUGGGACCACCCUGCUUGAAGAGGAUUUCCCCUCAGAUCUAAGUGAUCUUAGAAAAAUCUAGGAAAACACCAGUAUCUGGCGUCGUUCUGCUAGAUGGAGACCCCACCCUACCCCACUCCUAAGGAAAACCAACCAUUUCUCCAUCCUAAGUCCCCAAACUCCCAGCCCUCGUCCCUGAAAACCCAAGUCAUCUCCAGGUUAAAAAAAAAAAAAAAAAAAAAAAGAACUCAGGUUUUUCACACCCUCCAGUCACAGAUCUGCUGCUUGGAAGGUUCUAUGAACCCACCCUCAGAAUGCCCCAGGCUUUUCUCACCCCUGAGCAUCUCCUAAUGCAUUCUGGGUCUUAAUCAUCCUCUCCAACACACACGCACACACACGCAGACCAGGCCUCAUCCUCUGCUCCUUGCAACCCUUUAAACCUCAGCCCUCAGCAAACACCCUGCAGAGAGGAAGCCACCUUCAGCCCCAGCAGCCAAGUUCUGAAAAUCCAGCCCAACCCCGGAAACCUCCGCCCAGUUCCCACGGGGAGCCUCCCCACAGAGGAGCAACACUAGGAAAGUGAGGGCCCUCUUGCUGCAGAAGUUUGUGGGUGAUAGACACACACAGCCUUCAGCAAGGUCGUGGAGAAGCCUAUACUAGGAAGAGCCCAAAUUUGAGCCCCUGGUACCUAGGGCCAAACCUGGAGCUGGCCUAAGACCCAGUCAGGAAGGGAGAGGCGGGAUGAGGGUGGGGCAGCCUCUCCGAAUCGGGAUUGGAACCUAGACCUUCCCUAGGGAGGAGACACUGGAGGCUGUUUGUGGAGGAGGGAGCAGAGGAGGGAAGAAGCCAGCGGUCGGGAGUUGACAGGCAGCUACUUUGGUCAACAGGAGCUCUGAUCACUGACCAUCACCAGGCCAAGUGUUAAUGCUGAACAGGGAAUUCCCUCAAAUCAAAAACUGUCAGAUGUCCUACUUUGUGUCUGACUACGACCCCACCAUUGAGGAUUCCUACACGAAGAUCUGCACUGUGGAUGGCAUCCCUGCCCGGCUGGACAUCCUGGACACGGCAGGGCAGGAGGAAUUCGGUGCCAUGAGGGAACAGUACAUGCGUGCUGGCAAUGGCUUCCUGCUGGUCUUUGCCAUUAACGACCGGCAGAGUUUCAAUGAGGUGGGCAAGCUCUUCACACAGAUCCUCAGGGUCAAGGACCGUGACGAUUUCCCCAUUGUGCUGGUUGGGAACAAGGCAGAUCUGGAGGCACAGCGCCAGGUCCUCAGAUCUGAAGCUUCCUCUUUCAGCGCCUCCCACCACAUGGCUUACUUCGAGGCCUCAGCCAAGUUGCGUCUGAAUGUCGACGAGGCAUUUGAGCAGCUGGUGCGGACUGUCCGGAAAUAUCAGGAGCAAGAACUCCCUCCUAGCCCACCCAGCGUUCCCAGGAAGAAGGAUGGGGGGUGUCCCUGCACCCUGCUGUAGCCAGAUAGCCCCAAGUGACCAGCACAGCUCUCGGGACCAGCUGCCUCACACUUGCUGUGUGGCCGAGGCUCUCUGGUGGAGCCUGUUUCCUCCUCUGGGUUCCCAGGACACACUACACCCUCUUAGCCUUACUUCCUGGCCUCCUGGGGCUACCACUGUGUGCCUUCUGUUAAUACCUCCUUUCCCCACCUGAGACCCUGGUCGGGAGGGUGAGGCGCUCCUUAUCACUGCUGUAUAUAGGUCCCAUCUUUCAGAAAAAUAAAUAUCACUGCCAACAA